AUGACUGAAAAGCACGGCUCGGACCACCGUGCCAUUGAGACUGUGUUCGAUGCACCGUGGCCGAUCCCAAAGUAUCAGGAACGGCUUCUACUGAAGAACGCGCCAUGGAACGAGAUUAAUGCUAGAAUCGCGAGCACCCUGGCCGCCACUCCGUCGGAAGGCACAGUACAGCAGAAAACCGAUCGACUGAUGUCUGCGGUCUCGGACGCGGUGCAAGAUUUAACUCCGAGAGCGAAGCCGUCACCACACGCGAAGCGGUGGUGGACAACUGAUCUGACACAACUGCGUCAUAUAUACACAUACUGGCGAAAUCACGCUCGUUCGGAGCGACGGGCGGGGCGAAAAGCACCUCGGCUCGAAAAGAUGGCCCAGGAUGCGGCGAAACAAUACCAUGAUGCCAUCCGUAAACAAAAGAAGAAGCACUGGAAUGAGUUUCUCGCAGACAACGACAACAUAUGGAAAGCAGCGAAGUAUCUGAAGCCCGGGGAGGAUGCGGCAUUUGGGAAAUUACCGCAGCUCGUCAGAGCAGAUGGGACCACCACCGCUGACCACUUGGAGCAAGCAGAGGAGUUGCUGUCCAAAUUCUUCCCGCCCCUGCCGGACAACAUUGACGAUGAAGGGACCAGACCACAAAGAGAGCCAGUGGAGAUGCCGGCCAUCACCCUGGAGGAGGUAGAACGACAGCUUCUUGCAGCGAAAUCGUGGAAGGCACCGGGAGAGGACGGCCUGCCGGCGAUAGUUUGGAAGAUGACGUGGCCCACGGUCAAGUACAGGGUCCUUGAACUAUUCCAGGCGUCGCUGGCAGAAGGCUCGUUGCCAAGACAGUGGAGACACGCGAAGAUCAUACCGCUCAAAAAACCAAACAAAGAAAAUUACACCAUUGCAAAAGCAUGGAGACCGAUCUCACUCCUAGCGACACUGGGCAAGAUACUGGAAUCAGUAGUUGCAGAAAGGAUCUCACACGCGGUGGAAACCCACGGCUUGCUCCCGACCAGCCACUUUGGAGCCCGGAAACAGCGGUCCGCGGAGCAAGCACUCUUGCUCUUGCAAGAACAGAUCUACACGGCGUGGCGGGGCCGACGGGUAUUGAGCCUGAUCAGCUUCGAUGUCAAAGGAGCCUACAACGGAGUGUGCAAAGAGCGAUUGCUCCAAAGGAUGAAAGCACGAGGCAUACCGGAGGAUCUGCUCCGGUGGGUUGAGGCGUUCUGUUCGGAACGAACGGCGAACAUCCAGAUCAACGGGCAAUUGUCGGAGGUCCAAAGCAUGCCACAGGCUGGGUUACCGCAGGGCUCGCCCCUGUCCCCGAUCCUAUUUCUCUUCUUCAACGCAGACCUCGUGCAAAGACAGAUCGACAGCCAGGGAGGAGCAGUCGCUUUUGUGGAUGAUUUCACCGCAUGGGUGACCGGGUCAACCGCGCAGAGUAACCGGGAAGGGAUCGAAGCAAUUAUCAAUGAAGCCCUCGACUGGGAAAGGAGAAGCGGAGCGACCUUUGAAGCUGAAAAGACAGCUAUCAUACACUUUGCCCCCAAGACGCGUAAAUCGGACCACGAUCCAUUUACCAUCAAGGGACAGACGGUUGUACCCCAAGACCACGUCAAGAUCCUGGGAUUAUUGAUGGACACGAGACUCAAGUACAAGGAACAUAUUGCAAGGGCCGCUUCCAAGGGCCUGGAAGCAGCGAUGGAGCUUCGGCGACUUCGGGGCCUAACCCCAGCAGCAGCGCGGCAGCUAUUCACCUCGACGGUGGCGCCGGUCGUGGACUACGCCUCCAAUGUCUGGAUGCACGCAGUAGGAGCACAAGCCAUUGUGGGGAUAUUUCUCACGGCCGCGACCAGCGUAGCAGAGGCGGAGGCCUGUAUUGCCACUGCGCAGCAUCGAUUCUGGAGACGGGCCGCUAAGAUGUGGACGGACAUACACACUCUACCGGAAACCAAUCCUCUCCGCAGAAAUACAGAUCGGAUCAGGAAGUUCAGAAGAUACCACCGCUCGCCGUUGUAUCAGGUAGCCGAUGCGCUCAAGCAUAUCGACAUGGAAACACUAGAAACCAUCAAUCCGUUCACAUUGGCACCAUGGGAAGCACGCGUACAGGCUGGCGUUGAAGCAACUCCGCAGUCACCGAUCGUACUAGGCGGGUUAAUGCAGAUCGCAACCAGCAGUUCGGCUCGGAACGAGCUGGUCGGAUUUGGGGUGGCGAUCGAGAGGCAGCCACCUCGGUAUCGAAAACUGAGAUUGAAGACCCUUUCCGUCACAUUGGGUGCAAGAGCAGAGCAAAAUCCGUUCUCCGCGGAGCUAGCAGCGAUGGCACAUGCAUUGAACAUGGUAGUUGGAGUGAAGGAUUACCGGAUUACGCUACUCACGAGCAACAAAGCGGCGGCUCUGACACUAAGGAACCCUCGACAACAGUCAGGUCAGGAAUUCGUCUACCAACUGUACAAGUUGAUGAGAAAACUGAGGAGAAAUGGAAACCAGAUCAAUGUCCGGUGGAUCUCAACGAGUGAAGACAAUAAACUGCGGGGUCUGGCCAAGGAACAGGCCAGAGCCGCGACACAAGAAGAUGCUGUCCCGCAAAAGCAGGUCCCAAGGAUGAGUCAACAACACUCAAUAUUGCACGGUCCCAAGCAGUUCCCAACAAUGACCUACCAGCGAAUAUAG